AUGAAUGUGGCGAUGAUGGAGUGGACGUACCUCUCGGUUCUCUUCAUCCACCUGAUUCCCGGGGUGAUCCCGAUGGAUCGAACCCUGGUAUACCGGAAGGAAUUCCCGGAAAAGAGAUAUAAAACAGUGGCAAUGGAAUACCAUGGGCAAACUUUGGGACGUUGUGCUUUGAAAUGUGUCUACGCUGAUCCUCAAGCUGAAUGUGAAGUUUUCAAUUUUCGACAAUCUGACCAAUCCUGUCAGCUUAUCGUCCCUGGAAAUUACGAAAUGGUCCCGGCCGAAGGCUAUUUGGCCUACACACGCCUUUCAUGCGCGAGUGCGCAUCCAAUGAUGAAAAACGUGAACGUGACGUACGAGGGAUGGGAUGGAGAUUACCCGGCGCCAUCGGGUGCGAGCGUCGUCUAUACCUGCCCGCAUGCCGCGAAGUUCACAGAUGGUUCGAUCAGACAUCAUGCCACCUGCUCUGCUCUCCUCCAAACAUCCUGGAAGACUUCCUUCAACGGCAAGCAUGUCCGAUGCCAAAAGGGGAUAGCUUAUCCCGAAUGCCGACUGACGAAGAUGGGGAAGGAAUACAUCGGGACGGUGAACACGACAAAGACCGGAAAACCCUGCCUUAGAUGGAAUUCCCCUGAGAGUACAUCAUUCAAGACCAAAAGAAAUGGUUUCGAUGUAAACAUAAUAUACGAAGAGCACUUCCUGAACCAGGACCCAUCUUCCCAUGGGAAUUUCUGCCGGAACCCGACGUCGAUCGCAGAGCCCUGGUGCUUCGUCGAUGACGGCUCGAAUUGGGAACUGUGCGAAAUUCCAUUUUGCCUUGAUCUGAGGCCACCAGAUUGCAAGAUGACUCAAAAGGGGGCGGAAUAUAUCGGAACAAAAAGCAAAACUAUUUCGGGCUCUCCGUGUCUGCCAUGGAUCGGUCUCCAAAGCCCGAUUUCGGUAGAAAUGUUUGCUCUGAGGAAGCUGGUAUUCCCUGAUUCGCUCACGAAAGAUCACAAUUUCUGCCGGAACCCGACCGGGAAGCCAGGUGGCCCGUGGUGCAAAAUUCUCGGUCCCACGGGCUCGACGGACGGUUGGGAAUACUGCGACGUGCGUUCCUGCGCCGUGGAAGAAACGGAGGAGGCGUGUGAGGCGGAGGGCCGAUGUCAGUCGGCGCCUUCUAAAAACAUGAGGACUUCGACAGGAGACGGAGUUGAGGCAUCCCGCAUGUAUCCGGAAUGCCGAAUGACGCCGAUGGGAAAGGAAUACAGAGGAACCCAUAGCCAGACGGAAACUGGAGAGAAAUGCCUGCCUUGGAUGGAUUUUUUCAUUGAGGGAUCUCUCCCGGAUGUCCUCGUCUCUCAUCUCCCUUACCACGAACGCCUAGCAGUACCAAACGAUAUGACAGAGGCCAUAUAUGACUUCAUCAAAAACCAGGACCUGAACUAUUGCCGGAAUCCUUCGAGGGCUGAGCGGCCAUGGUGCUUUAUAAGAAAUGGUUCCAGCUGGGAAUACUGUGAUAUCCCCUUAUGUCACAGCCCUAAAGAGCCUCUGGAAUGCAGAUUGACUGAUGAGGGAUUGGAGUAUGCAGAGUUGAAGAACGCGGAUGCGGAUGGCAGGAUGUGUCAACCCUGGUUUAGUAGGUCAAACAACAAGCGAUUUUCUCUCCUGAAUUUGCUGGCAUUACCCGACCAAAGCGUGGACAGUAGUCACAACUACUGUCGCAAUCCUAAUGUGGACCGCGGCGGUCCCUGGUGUUUCACUGAAGAGGGAACUGGCGAAGGCUGGCGACAGUGCGGGAUCCUCUUCUGCUUUGAAGAGUAUGAGCGUUCCGCUCUCGACGAUAUGGCAUCGAAACCCAGUCGAGAAGCUGUGAUUCACAUGUUUCAGCAAGGUCAUUCACCUGUAAAGAUCAUCAAGGAGCUGUUACUGCCACGAUCCACUGUGGACAAAGCCAUUGCCCGCUACAAAGAACUUGGUACAACUCAGGAUCGACCCAGAAGUGGCCGUCCCAGGAAACGGGCGGAUGGAUACCCGGAGUGCUUGCAGACCGCGAUGGGAAAGGAAUACGCGGGGACGACGAGGACGACGGAAUCCGGGAAGCCCUGUCUCCGAUGGGAUUCUCGGCCCUAUGGAACACCUGAGGACUUCGACCCGAAUAUACGCUAUGAAGAUCAUUUCCGAUUCGGCAAUGCCACAUUGCAUCAGGAUUUCUGCAGGAACCCGGCGUUGAAGAAGCAACCAUGGUGCUUCGUCGCCGACCCAGCCAUCAAAUGGGAAUUCUGCGAAAUCCCACCCUGCCCCAACCGCCCAAACAAGAUGGAAUGCAAAUGGACGUGGAAGGGAGAGGAGUAUGCAGGAACUGAAAAUCGAGCGGCAUCAGGGCGUUCGUGUCUGCCUUGGAGGAAAUCUGAACUGCUGGGGCUCCAUUGGCCGAGGUUCCCGGAGGACGUGAGAAGCAAAGAUCAUAACUUCUGUCGCAAUCCGACUGGGGAUAAGAACGGGACCUUUUGUCUUGUUGAAACAGGCACAUUGAACUUGAAUGAAUUUGAAACAUGUGACAUCCCUUUCUGCCCUUUCCACUACCUCUACUAA